AUGCGGCCGGUUAAUUUGACACUUACCCUGAGAUUGAGCAACAGAAUAGAGGUCCCCACUCCCCAGCCAGCAUCCCACAAUCGACAAUCCCAUCACGGCAGUCGGCAGAUACGAUACGCACUCUUCGGUCCUUCGCCUCUCAUCUUUCCAGCGUAUAGCUAUUCCUUUCUCUACUUUCCCCACAGGAUCGAAACUCCUGUUGCCGGCGUUGCACAAAACCUGCAAUCCCUGCUGAAAGCUUCAACCCUUCCAGCUUCCCCCGACUCUCCUCCAAUGGCCGCCACCUCUCUAACUGCUCCAAAGCUCACUUUCUCUCCUACCCUCCAGUCCCUCUACAGAAACCUCACCAUUCCCAUCCCUCUAUCUUCUUCUUCUCCCUCUUUCCUCUCCCUCCGCAAAACCCUACCCUCCCACCACUCUCGCUCCUUCUCCCUCUUCCAACAACCCCGCCGUCAAUUCACCGCUCGCGCCGACUCCGACAACGGCACCGAGUCGCCACGUCAGUACGAUUUCGACCUCUUCACCAUCGGCGCCGGGAGCGGCGGUGUGCGUGCCUCGCGCUUCGCCGCCAAUUUCGGCGCCUCUGUUGCCAUCUGCGAGCUUCCCUUUGCCACCAUAUCCUCUGACACCGCUGGGGGCGUCGGCGGCACGUGUGUUCUUCGCGGAUGUGUGCCGAAGAAAUUGCUGGUGUAUGCGUCUAAAUACGCCCACGAGUUCGACGAGAGCAAUGGGUUUGGGUGGAAAUAUGAGAGUGAACCCAAGCAUGAUUGGAGCACUCUAAUGGCUAACAAAAAUGCAGAGCUGCAACGACUCACUGGUAUCUACAAAAACAUUCUUAAGAAUGCUAAUGUCUCACUGAUUGAGGGCAGAGGAAAGAUUGUUGAUCCGCACACAGUUAAUGUGGACGGGAAGAUCUAUACAGCAAGGCACAUAUUGGUUUCGGUUGGGGGACGACCUUUCAUUCCCGACAUUCCGGGAAAGGAAUAUGCAAUUGAUUCAGAUGCUGCACUUGACUUGCCAUCUCAACCCAAGAAAAUCGCAAUCGUUGGUGGGGGAUACAUUGCAUUGGAGUUUGCUGGCAUCUUCAAUAGUUUGAAAAGCGAGGUUCAUGUAUUUAUCAGGCAGAAAAAAGUACUAAGAGGCUUUGAUGAGGAGGUUAGAGAUUUUGUUUCAGAGCAAAUGUCUCUAAGAGGAAUUGAGUUUCACACAGAAGAGUCACCACAAGCUAUUGUUAAAUCUGGAGACGGUUCACUAUCGUUGAAGACAAACAAAGGAACAGUGGAAGGCUUCUCGCAUAUAAUGUUUGCUACAGGCCGUAAGCCCAAUACAAAGGUUUGUGUGCAUACAUAUAUUAAAAACUCUGUUUUGAUAUGUGUUUUCCGCUGCAGUCUCACAACAAUGAUGGACUUUUUCCUAAUGCAGAAUUUGGGGCUAGAAAACGUAGGGGUCAAGAUUGCCAAGAAUGGGGCAAUUGAGGUGGAUGAAUACUCUCGCACUGCUGUCCCGUCCAUUUGGGCAGUUGGCGAUGUUACAGAUAGGAUAAAUUUGACUCCAGUUGCUUUAAUGGAAGGGAUGGCACUGGCAAAAACACUGUUCAAGGAUGAACCUUCAAAACCUGAUUACCGGGCUGUUCCCGCUGCUGUUUUCUGUCAGCCACCAAUCGGAAAUGUUGGUCUUACUGAAGAGCAGGCCAUCAAUGAGUACGGUGAUGUCGACAUCUACACAUCAAAUUUUAGGCCUUUAAAGGCUACUCUGUCAGGACUUCCAGAUCGGGUCUUCAUGAAAUUAUUAGUCUGUGCUAAGUCGGAGAAAGUUAUUGGCCUGCACAUGUGUGGAGAAGAUGCACCUGAAAUUGUUCAGGGAUUUGCAGUUGCUAUAAAAGCAGGGUUAACCAAAGCAGACUUUGAUGCGACAGUUGGUAUUCAUCCAACAGCUGCUGAGGAGUUUGUCACCAUGAGGACCCCAACCCGGAAGAUUCGAGGCAACCCCAAGUCUGAGGAGACGAAAGAUCAAGAAACUAAAGCUGCGGCUGGAGUUUAGACUUGAAUAUUGUGGCUGGCAUAGUUAGCAUGACAUCUUCCUCAUGGUCCAAACAGAAGCUCUUGAUUUCUGUACAGGGUCACUGAAAUGGCACUUCUGCAAAUGCAUGAAAAAGGAGAGUUUUUAAGCCGAGAUUCAGCCGAGUUGGAAGUGUGUUAAGUCGUCUGUUUACGUCUUCUUGUGCAUCGGGAGUCGGCUUCAUUUUUUGUUAGUAUG